AGUUUUUUUUUUUUUUAAAGCAAAGGGAGAGAGAGGGGGAAAAGGAGGGAGAGAGAGUGAGCGAGAGAGAGAGAGAGAGAGAGAGGAGGGGAAAACAAGACAAUUAAAAAGAUUGACAGGUAGCUCCUCUGUCAGGGUGACGCUCGCGCAGAGGGGAGGAGUAACGUGCAGCAGGAAAAGCCUCGAUGCGUCUGUCUGUCAGACACCGGAGCGGCUCCGGGAUCCACCGCCUUCACGUUGCUUUUCCUUAUUUCUUUUCGGGAGACCUCGGAUCACCGACUGGAGUCCCCCCGCCGCCGCCGCCGCAACCGCCACCACCACCUCCUCCUCCUCCUCCUCCUUCUCUCUCUCUCUUUUUUUUGGGUGCUCUUUUUAAGAGACAAAUAUUUGAGUCCAUGUCGAUCUGAUCUGCUGUUGGCGAAGCUUGGAUGCGCCUGCGUCUUGUUGGUUUCCUCUCUCUCUCUCUCUCAAGUGAUAUCUUCUCCACCGCAUCAGCCACCCCUCCAACAACAAAAAGAGAGAGAGAGAGAGAGAAAGAAGAAAAAAGGAAAAGCGAUUGUGUCUAAAGAUGCGAUGAGAUGAGCGGAGCGGAUUAUUUACACGACUCCUAAAACGUCCGUGGCUAAAGAAGAAGAAGAAGACGAGGGAACGCGAGGAUACAUGACUUAUCAGAGCUCCGCGCCGCGCUCACACGGGACGUAUCGGUUUGGUUACCCGCCAGAGUUUAUUUAUUUUUUGUAGUUUUGUUGUUGUUGGCGUGCGUAAAAAGGCGCAGCAAAGUAUUCCCCACCUCCUCCACCUCCAAAAACAGCACGGGAGAUUAGCGAGAUUUUUUUCUUCUCCUUCUGCCUUCCAGGGGGGGGGGGGGGAGUGAACUGCAAACUUGGGCUUCAAGGUGCUUUCUCUCUCGCUGCAGCUUUCUUCUUCUUCUUUUCUUCCUCUUCUUCUUUCCUUCUUUCUCCAACCCGUGCCACGAGAGCCAUGACGGAAGAUGAUCUUUGAUGGACGUGAAGGUGUCAGGAGCUGGCCCGAUCCCUUCGUGAUUUUUGGUGCUUAUUAUUGUCGAAGCCGAACAGGCUGUUAACCCCCCCCCUCACACAAAAAAAAAGAGCAGGCAGUUUUUUUUAAAAGAAAAAAGGAAGACAUUUUUUCUUCUUCUUCUCGGAGAUCCACAAAAAAAACAGCCCCCCCCCCAUCCGAUGAGAAACGGGAUGAUUUUCCAGAACUGACGCGACCUGAUGAGUGUGUGAUCGCUGCAUGAGAAGCACCGGGGAGCGCGACGCUCACCAUGCCGAGGAGGAAGCAGCAAGACCCGCGGCGAUCAGCAGCGUACAUGCCCGAAGAUGAGCUCAAGGUGGGCGAUCACGAUGAGGAAGAGCACCUGCAGGAUGACGGCCUCUCACUGGACGGCCAGGACACAGAGUUUCUGUGCAACGAGGAAGAGGAAGACGUGGACGGAGGAGGCCGGCCGCCCAGUUACAGAGACUCUCCGCUCAGCAACGGCACGAACCCCGACGCCGGCUACGGCUCUCCGCUCAGCGACGUCAGCGACCGGCUGACGGACUUCAAGAGCACCUCCUCCCGGGACGAGCAGGAGAGGGAGAGCGCGGCUCUGCCCUUCCGCCCCAACAACGGCCUCUCUCUCCAGGACAGCCUGGCGCAGAUGAAAGCCGUCUAUGCAAACCUCAUCUCGGACGCCUCCUGGUCCAGCAUCACGAUGGACAUCAUGAAAUCCAAGCCCGCCGCGGCCGGCAGCGUCAACAGCGCCCACGCCACUCCGGAGCCCGCCCCCACUCCCUCCGUCUCCGUCGCUACCCCCGCGGACAAGAGCGGCGGGGUCAACGUGGCGAGCAGUCACCACAACGGCAGGAGCUCCAGUACCGCCGUCAACCACACGGCGGGCGGCGCGAGCGCCAACACUAACGGCACGCCGGCUAGCUUCGUUAGCAGCCACAGGGCGACCAGCGGGAGCGGGGCGAGCAACGGUGGCGGCGUGGCCUACGACUGGCACCAAGCGGCGCUCGCCAAGACGUUUCAGCGGACCCCCUACCACCUCCUCCCAGAGCCCAGCCUCUUCAGCACCGUGCAGCUGUACCGGCAGAACAACAAGCUGUACGGGUCGGUUUUCACCGGCGCCAGCAAGUUCCGCUGCAAAGACUGCAGCGGGGCCUACGACACGCUGGUGGGUCUCACGGUCCACAUGAACGAGUCGGGCCACUACCGAGACGACAACAAGGACAAGGAGGAGGAUCAGGGCAAGCGCUGGUCCAAGCCGCGUAAACGCUCCCUGAUGGAGAUGGAGGGGAAGGAGGACGCCCAGAAGGUGCUCAAGUGCAUGUACUGCGGCCACUCCUUCGAGUCUCUGCAAGACCUCAGCGUUCAUAUGAUCAAGACCAAGCAUUACCAGAAAGUGCCUCUCAAAGAACCAGUGUCGGCCUUGGCCACGAAACUGCUGCCCACUUCUGCUAAAAGACGAGCGAUGCACGACGCCAUCGUCUCGCCGCGCUCCCCGGACUCCCUCCACGCCGGCGGCGGCGGCGGUAACGUAUCUCUCGGGGAGGUUAGCAAAGACACGAAAUCCGCAGCUAACCCCUACGUGACGCCAAACAACCGCUACGGCUACCAGAACGGCGCCAGCUACACGUGGCAGUUUGAGGCUCGGAAAGCCCAGAUCCUCAAAUGCAUGGAGUGCGGGAGCUCUCACGACACGCUGCAACAGUUGACCGCGCACAUGAUGGUGACCGGGCACUUUUUGAAGGUUACGAAUUAUGCAUCCAAGAAGGGCAAACAGCUGGUUUUCGAUCCGGUGGUGGAGGAAAAGAUUCAGUCCAUCCCGCUGCCGCCGACCACCACCAGACUCCCCGUUCCCAGUGGCGUUAAGUCCCAGCCGGUGUCGCCCGCCCUCUCCUCCGGCUCAGAGGAGAAGAGGAAAGGAGGCGAAGAUGAAAAAGUCGAAGGCGAUGAGCCAGUGGAGAGAAAAAUCAAGGAGGAGAGAGACGACCCGGGUGAGAAAUCCGAGACGAACGCCACGUCGUACAAGUACCUUAGAGAAGAAGAUCUGGAGGAGGCGCCGAAGGGGGGUUUAGAUAUUCUCAAAUCCCUCGAGAACACGGUAUCCAGCGCCAUCAGCAAGGCCCAGACGGGCACGCCCACAUGGGGCGGCUACCCAAGCAUUCACGCCGCCUACCAGCUGCAGGGCGCCAUGAAGAGCUCCGGCUCCCUUCUGCACCCGAUGGUCCAGAGCGUCCAGAUGCAGCCCAUGUUCAACAGCGGGCUGCGAGGCCUGGUGACCGACCCCGGCUCGGUCAUCCACUCGCCCCGGAGCCCUUCCUCCCCGACCCCCCUCAGGAGCAACGUCACCGCCAUGGAGGAGCUGGUGGAGAAAGUGACCGGGAAAGCUGCCACAGUGAAGAGAGAGAAGGAGGAGAAGACGGUGAGCCUGGAGCGAUGCCGGCCGCCAUCGCUAGCGAAGUCCCUGUCUCCCGCGCUGCGAGAGCAGCGGGAGCGAUUAGCUUCUCCGCAUGACCUUUCCGCGGGUAAGCCGUCUGGCGCCAGAAGCAGCAGCCCGCGCUGCGCCGAGUCCGAGCUCGUCUGCAAGAAGGAGCCCAAAGAGAGCCUCUUGGAUGGCCACGGCAGCCACUCGAGGAGCGGCUCCGAGGCGUGCCGCUCCCCGCUAACCAACGGCAACGGUCUCGGCAUCAUCACCGAUCACUCGCCGGAAAGUCCCUUCAUCAACCCUCUCAGCGCCCUCCAGUCGAUCAUGAACACACACCUGGGUAAGGCCUCCAAGCCGGUCAGCCCCGCCGCGGACCCUCUGUCCAUGCUUUACAAGAUCAGCAACAGCAUGAUGGACAAGCCGGCUUUCAACACAACUCACCAGGCCAAGCCGGCCGAGCCCAUCAACCACUAUCCGCUGUACGAGAACAGUGACCAGCCCAUAGACCUCAGUAAAAGUAAGGCCGCCAUUAACAGUAACAGCAACAAUAACAACAGCAGCAGCAUGCUCUUGACCAACAACGCCGUCAACGGGAACAAACCCCUCAUUUCCCUCCCGGACUCGGUCUCCUCCCCUCUGAGGGAGAACGCCCUGAUGGACAUUUCCGACAUGGUGAAGAACCUCACCGGCCGACUGACGCCCAAGUCUUCGACUCCCUCCUCGAUCUCGGAGAAGUCGGACGCCGACGGCAGCGCGUUCGAGGACGCCCUCGACGACCUCUCUCCGGUGCAUAAGAGGAAAGGGAGGCAAUCCAACUGGAAUCCCCAGCACCUCCUCAUCCUCCAGGCGCAGUUUGCCUCCAGCCUGAGGGAGACCCCGGAGGGCCGCUUCGCCAUGACUGACCUGGGCCCCCAGGAAAGGGUCCACAUCUGUAAGUUCACAGGCCUCUCCAUGACCACCAUCUCCCACUGGCUGGCCAACGUCAAGUACCAGCUGAGACGGACCGGGAGCACCAAGUUUCUCAAGAACAUGGACUCGUGCCAGCCCGUGUUCCUCUGUGGCGACUGCGCCUCCCAGUUCAGGACUCCCUCCUCCUACAUCGGCCACCUGGAGUCUCACCUGGGCUUCGGCAUGAAGGACCUGUCCAAACUGUCAACCGAGCACCUUCGGGAGCAGCAGGCUGCCUCAAAGGUGAUCACGGACAAAAUGACAUUCGGCGGCCCCCUGUCGGCCGUGACCACGGCAGAGGACGACGCCGGCUCCGUGUACCAGUGCCGACUUUGCAACAGGACAUUCGUCAGCAAGCACGCAGUCAAACUGCAUCUCAGCAAGACCCACGGCAAGUCUCCGGAGGACCACCUGGUGUAUGUCACCGCGUUGGAGAAACUGGACAUGAUGGAGAAGGUUUAA